AUUUAGAAAAGAACAGAGGGAGUAUAUAAAACAAAGAAAUUUAGUAAAGUUGAAUCGUUGCUGCUGGUGAGAAGCACUGCAAGGUCGAAAAAUGGCGUACUCAAAUGUCAGGCGCACAUUAGCAUCCACCGUCACACGAGCUCUUUCUUCUUCUUCAUCCGGAAUCGCUUCUCGCAGUCGCACACGUUUCGCUUUUGCGUUAUCCGCUACCAAACAAACCCUACCAAUCCCUCAAUCGUUCCCGGUUCGAAUGAAAUCAUCGGGUUCGGGUUAUUCUCCAUUGAACGAUCCAUCCCCAAACUGGAGUAACCGUCCUCCAAAGGAAACGAUUCUUCUUGAUGGUUGUGAUUAUGAGCAUUGGCUCAUUGUUAUGGAGUUUCCUGAUAACCCUAAACCCUCUGAAGAUGAAAUGGUUAAUAGCUAUGUCAAAACCCUAGCUCAAGUUAUUGGAAGUGAAGAAGAGGCUAAGAAGAAGAUAUACUCUGUUUCUACUACUACUUAUACAGGUUUUGGUGCUCUUGUUUCCGAAGAGCUUUCUUAUAAAAUCAAAGAGUUGCCGGGUGUUCUUUGGGUACUGCCAGAUUCAUAUCUUGAUGUUCCUAACAAGGAUUAUGGAGGUGAUUUGUAUGUUGAUGGGAAAGUAAUCCCUAGGCCACAGUAUAGAUACGCUGAACGGCAACCAGGUAGGAGUAAACCUCGUCCUAGGCAUGACAGGCGACGUGAAACUAUGCAAGUUGAAAGGAGAGAUCCCAUUCAAAGACAGAACUGGAACCAAGGUCAGGGAGGACAUAUGCAGCCAUCAAAUCCAAUGAAUAGCCAAAACUCAGCUUCAGGUGGAGAAAGCCGUGAAGUAUUUAAUAGGAACUUCUGAGGUGAUAUUUUACUCUUUUUUUGGGUUUGAAAAUGCAUGUACCUGAAUGACAUUUGAUAAUAGUAUUUAGCACCAUUAUGAAUUAUGUAGACGUUGGGUAUGCCCUGGGCUCUAUUAAUUGCUUCCAAUAUCAUUGUAGUCUUUUUCAUCUGUGUUUUUUAUCUGCAAUACAGAUCAAUGAUUGUUAAAAUUGAUACAGUUGGAACAAUUAUGUAGAUUUCUAUAAGGCUGGUAUUAUUUUGCA